GUGCCAUACGGUGAGAGUGCAUUUAUACUAGUAAUGGAAAUGUGCAUACUUAAAUGCAAGAAAUGCUGUCAAAACUAAUUAUAGUCCUUUGGAAAAUAAUCUAGAAAUACACUGUGUGACCAAUCAAUCAAGACUAAACUUUUGUUUCACAGCAAUCAUAUUUAUUUAAUCACCAAUCAUAUUUAUAAUUUUUCGGAAUUAUGUGAAGCAUCAGUACCUGCUGAAUUUACCUUGAACCAAAGUUCUUCCAUGGUUCAAAGUCGCAAGUGUAAAAUAUUGGGAGAGUUUUGCACCAUGAGUGGCACUUCAAAAGUUGAAUUAGUCAAGCAACCUCCAUUGGUGGGAAACAGUACAGAGUUUCUAUCUGCCUCAGAGGGUAAACUGUCAAAGGAGAAAAUACAUUCCAUGAGAAAGAAAAGGUUGCAGAAACCAUCAUCCAGUUCAACAAAAGAAAAUCAACCUCCACCAAAGGAAACCAACAAAAAACAAGAAUCUCAUUCAGAUGACACGCCUGCAUUAGUGAGAAGCCAUCCCAUUCAGAAGAAAAGAUCUCGAAAGCAGUUAUUCGGGCCAUCAGAAAGUGAUUCAGAUGAGCAACCAGAAAAAGUAUUCAUAAUGGACAUAACAAAAAAUCCUGAGGGUCAACAAGCCAAUUCAACUACUGCAAUAUUACCCUCUACUAGUGAUGCAGAAAUAACUAAGUUUCAGGAGAAAGUGGAAAUGUUCAAUGAAAAAUGGCCAAUAUUCAAAGUAGAUGAUCCACUCUUUUUCAAGAAUCUAGAAAAGUUGGCGGAAGUUCUGCUAGAACCCCGAGAUGAUCAAGUGUGCCAAACUGUACCAAUUGGUUGUGACAAGAAUAUGUCUUUCUUGGUGGAUGUGUCUAAGAAUAAUUUCCUCCAAAACAAUACUUGUGAUGAGACGGGCAAGUAUAAUAAACCAUCUUACACAAAAAAGACAGUCCGAGGUGGUCAGUUCACCUUAAUUCGCAAGUCUGCGCGACAUAAGGACACACCUGAUGUCCAGAGAAUCAUUUACCACCUGGUAAAUAAGUCUGGUGAAACUCAGAAAAUUGUUGCAGUCUGCUAUCAAUGGACUGGUAAAAAAGGUGACACAGCAAGAAAGGAGCCCCACAGCAGUUCAGUGCAGCCAGUCCUCACUGAAGUAGGUCCACCACGAGACAUUUAUGGCAAUAAAAACAAGCCUGUGGGUAAUGGUGAUCAACCUUUCACUGUAUGCAGUAAAAAUAGAUGCAAUGCAAAAGUAUGCUAUGGUUGUGGCAGGAAAUUUGUGGCAUCAUCAGAUCGUCCUCCAAAUGACCUUCUCCUGAAACAUUUUGAUUAUAGAGAAUGGACAGACAAAGACACAAAGCAAAUGAUGAAAAGUAAAACACUUCAAGCAACAUAUUUUCAUCUCAAUAUUGACUGUGUAAGACGUAGAUACCCUCAAACAGAAAUCAAAGACAUCACUGUAUACAAUGAGGUGAAGGACCAAUUGUCACCAUUACAUAUACGCAAGCUGCAGUCGUUUGGCAUCACGCUGAAAUGAGUGUGUGCA